GCGGCCUCCGGCGGAAGCGGAAGUUCGGCGGGGCCGGAAGCGAAAGCGGAGGCGACGUGUGCGGCGGAGCGGGGCCGGUCGGGCCGCGCCAUGGACGGGCUGUACCACCAAACCAACAAGCAAGUCCAUGAGGUCCAAUCUUACAUGGGGCGCCUGGAGACUUCAGACAAAGAGUCAGUGCACCUGGUAGAAAAUGAGAUUCAGGCAAGAAUAGACAAUAUAUUCAGCAACUUGGAGCGUCUGGAAAUCCUGUCGAGCAAAGAGCCUCCCAAUAAACGGCAGAAUGCUAAACUGCGGGUUGACCAGCUGAAGUACGACGUGCAGCACCUGCAGACGGCCCUGAGGAACUUCCAGCACCGCCGCUACGUCCGGGAGCAGCAGGAGCGGCAGCGGGAGGAGCUGCUUGCGCGUACAUUCACUACUAACGACUCUGACACCACCAUCCCGAUCGACGAAACGUUACAGUUUAAUGAAUCCCUCCAGAAUGCCCAUCGUGGCAUGGAUGAUCUUAUUGGCAGUGGGACCAACAUCCUGCAGGGCCUGAGGGACCAGAGAGUCACGUUAAAGGGUACUCACAAGAAGAUCCUGGACGUUGCCAACAUGUUGGGUUUAUCCAAUACAGUGAUGCGGCUGAUUGAGAAGCGAGCCUUUCAGGAUAAAUACUUCAUGAUCGGGGGAAUGAUUUUGACUUGUGUAAUUAUGUUUCUGGUCGUGCAGUAUCUGACAUGAGCUCCUGAACUGUUGCCAGAGGAGAUCGUCCUUUGGAGCAAGACAGACUGUCCUCCAGACUGUUCUUUCCUCUGGGUCCUGCUUCGGAUGAGCCCCUCCUGUGACCUUCAGAGUUUACAAAUCGCACUCGGACACGCGUCUUGUGGAAAGCACGUAGGGAAACACAUUGCUCUGGAGACGCUGUAGUUGAGAAUAGCCCUAUAAAAAUAACCCUGGCCUUACUGCUCUCGCCUGAUUGUCUGCAGGUUUACGAAUCUGGUUAAAUAGGAAGCAGAAGUGAAAAUUUGGCCCCACUGUAUUGCGAGGUAGGAGUGUCCUUUUGGGUAGAGAGGGAUGAGACGGUGCAAAGGCUGAAUAGAAGAUGUAGUGAGCCAGAAAUGGCCCUAAUCACAGUGUUUUGCAACAAAAGAACGCCACGGAGGAGAAUUCCGCGUGGUUGGUGGGCACGCUCCUGCCUAAGCGUGCAAAAAGAGGUGGGAAGGGAAGGGUUCCCAUCUGCAAACUCACCGCUUCGCUUGGAGGGAGAAGGAUUUGUGUGGAAGGGUCUUAACUCUCAAAGCACGGUUAUAACCUCAGCUACCUUUUUUAUUUGUGCGUACAGUGUUAACCAGCACAAAUCUUCCCAUUUUAUGCUGAAAUGCUUCUCAUCUGAGGUGUGUUUUGGUACCUUUUAGUGCUGUGCUGCUUCCCAGUGGAAGCUGAUCGCGACGCUCUGCUGCUUUCAGGCUGAUGCACAUCAGGCCUGUGUCUCGCUGUGCCUGGUACCCAAUCCAGCCUCCAAAAACUGUAAAACUGCCAUUUUUAAUGCUAGUGCACAUCACGUUUUGGUGAGUUAUUUUCAUUUUCCGAGGUGGCUGGUUUGGGUUGUGCUCUGUAGCUGGUAUUUCUUGCGUUGGUGAAGCGGGCAAGUCCUCGCCAUGCUCAAAAUCACAUUUGUGACUUUUACGUUCACGGAGCUGGAAUGGGCUCUCUCUGGCGUUCUUUAUGUUCAGAAUCACAGUGGGAUCAGGGCAACGAACCUUCCACUUAAAAUCAGUUGUUAGAAGUGUUUCCUGAAGUUACGUGCCUUGGGGUGGUGAACAUCCCUCAUCCUCGGGAAGAGUUUCUUUGCAUUAUCCUUUAUACCCGCAGAAUUACUGUGAAAGACGUUGUAAUUCGCGUCACCUCGCAGAGGUUUUAGGUGUCUGUCCACACGUGAACGCUCACAGUUGUGAAAUGCCUCCGUGUUUAAACAUGCCGCCGCUUUCCCUGCAGACUGAACGGCCAUCCUGCAAUUCUGGGCAUCACCCAUUUCCAUCAGCCUUCAGAGACAUUCCCAUCCCUAUUUGUGUGCAAGUCUGGAGCGUUUCCAGAUGUGUGACAGUGGCACAGAAGUGUCACAUUUAGAUGGUGUGGCAUAAUGCUGGCAACCCCUUCGUUUUUCUUUCUGUCCGGAAUGGUUCUUUUAAUGAGUAACAGAUUACGAGUUCUGCGUCCCGUCUUUGCUGCAAUAAGCUUUGCUUUUAUUAUGUAGCCUGUUGCAAACUUGGAGAAGUGGUAUAAAUAGCUGUAAAAGAUGGAUUUAAGUUAAUAUGGGGAAGUGGAAUGGUCAGAUUCACACCUGGAGCCCCAGGCAGGGAAAUGAGCCGUCAGCUCUACCUGCGCCGCAGACACCAGAAGAGAGGCCAGGAUACCAUCAGCACCCAAAUAAUCCUGUCGGAUGGUUCGGCACAAGAAACCAGGAAAGCCUUAGAGCUCGUCAAGUAUCUUUAAUCUAAAUCUUAUAUCUAAGUUUACCCUAAAUGUAUUUAAAAUAUGAAAUCUGAUAGAUUUAGGAUACUACGCACUUGAGAGGGCACCUUCUAUGAGAUCACCUGGUUACCUUGUCUGGGAUCCUGGGCAGAUCUUCUUCUGUUCUGAUAAACUGGUCCAAUUCCACCUUGAUUUUACAAUGUUAUGGUUUAGUGCUUAAAGGACCGCAUUAGGCAGUGUUUAGAGUUUAUAUAGUUGUGACCUGGCGUAGCAGGAUUUGUCUUGUACCAAAGUGAGACUCUGGCCUAUUUGUUUCCUUUCUUGGCUUGUGGUAGGAGCCAUAAAAUAAUUGGAACUGGAUUUUUUUGUUGUUGUUGAGACUAUCUGGACAUUUUUAUACGUGUCUCUGUGUUCAUUUAUUCCGCCCUUUUAGAGUCUCCUUGCUCACGUCCCUUUUCUAAGCAGCGUCCUUGCUCUUCGCUCUGUCUCAAGGUGAGAUGUGGGGAUCAAAGGAACCACUUGGGUAAGUGGAUUUGUUGAGGCGCAACUUCAGCUGAAUCUGUACCAGAUGUUAAGUCCAAAAUGAUCUACAAGAGCAUCCGCUCUCAGGCGGUUGGUGUAAAACCCUCACACCAUUGUGGUUGGCCACAGUGGGAGCACAGGUGGGAUCAAGGUCUCCACUAACAUGAGGCAGAGCUGAAACCCCGGUGGUUUUACUCCUGUUGCUGCUACAACUCCAUGUGAAGUUCCUUUUCUUACUAAAGGCCACAUUUCCUUGGGCAGAGCUGUUUUGCUUCUGAAUGUCUGUGGCACAACAAGCGUUUGAGCUGUUGGGUGAACUCUCUCAUGGGGGGACACUGUGGAAACUAACUUGCCUCUGGAAAAGAAAAACAAAAGCAAACCAAACAUUUUACCAGUAUUUUAUACAUUAAGGGGCAGGGGUGGGACAUGCUGUGAUUCAUACGAUGUGUUAUGUGAAUAAAGAUUUUUCAACCAAAA